CUAAACCUCACCAGCAUCUGCAAGUCCUCAGAGAGUCCCUGAAACCGACACAGGUCCCAUUAGGUCCCUCUCAUACGACGUGGGAAUGCCCAUUCACUUGAGUCCCCCUCCCCAGUCGUCCUUAAAUUCUUUCGAUGUUUUGUUGACACUUCAUGAUUAUACGGAUCUCUCGACUGUAGCAUCUGGAACUUCGUUCAUCAGUGAAACCAUAGCAAAUGCUGAACCAUCUGGACUGACUUCCUGGAACACAUCCUCUAACGAUAUGGAAGCGUUGCCUUCAGGCGGCGUUGCUCUUGGUUGUCAAGAUGGGUCUGUCUUUAUCUGGAAACCCACGGUUCAGGAAGCCGGGAACAGGGCACCAAGUGUCCUACCUUUCACUGGACAAACUAGUCCUUCUCAGGUCAUGUCUCGGGACUCUUUAGCAACUUCGAGGUCUGCUUCACCUGGGGGUUCCUCCAACUAUGCCGCGCCUUUCCAUAUCAACACACGGUCUCGAAUAGUUUCUGGUAUCACGGUCGAACGUAUCGAAGCACCCAAAAACUUUGUCGACUUCGACGACGAAGCUGACAAAUUGAAGGACAUGUUAAAAGGUCGAAAUCCGCGAGACAGAGCCAGUUCACCGGCAGAGGGGUCAUCCACAGACGGAUCCCAAAAACCAAGAGCACAUGAGGAGACUCUGCCAUUGCUCACUCCGCAAUUCCCUCCCCAUACGCCAAAUGUCAUUUCGUUUUCUCCGCUAUCUCAGCCAGCGGGACCUCUACGACCCUUGUCACACACCUUAUUACUUGCUGCCGGUCCUCGGAGUUCUGUCAUUUCUAUGCACGUAAUCGACAAUGGAGACUUACUGGCUGUUUUGCAACGUUCUGGUCGUUUAACUAUCCUCACCACUUCAGACGGAAGAUGUGCAGGAACUCUUGAUCUCGAUUGUACCCUACUGGAUCCUCCAGUGGGUAUGAAGGUGAGAAACAAGCCUCAUGACGCCUGGAAUUGGGAACGUCUCUCGGUUCAUCAAACCUUUGAGAGAACCCUUGCUAUGGCCUCAGCUUCUCUCGAUCCGAACUCUUUGUCUUCACAAGCCUCAGACAUGCAAGAAGAUGAAUCUCAGGAUGUGUGCAGGACGGUGGUCGUAGAGUUAUCGACGAAUCGGUUUGCUGGCAAUGCCGAGAUAAUGCUGGAAGCAGUCGGUCAAUGGUAUCUAGAGGGUCCUCCUGAUGCUAUUGGCUUACAUGUCCUAUCCGAUGACAUCUCGACCUUCUUCUAUAUUGACUCGAGUAGACAACUGAAUUCAUUUAAUUUCUCUGUUCUCCCUUACUCCGUCGUCCCAACGAAGUCGUCUGGGAGGGAGACCCCCGAUUCACAGCGCCAUGUGAACCUAUCAAAUCCGUUCAAGGCGGCGGUUUCGAAGCCUCCAGAGCCGACCGAAAACCAACAAGACGGCCUUCCAGGACGCGUUUCGUUAGAGAACUUGAAUGCGAUUGGGUCAUUGCCUCUCGAUAAUCAAAUAAUGGGGUGUCGCAUGCUUAACAUUGGAGGGUUGUUCUACGGUCUAGUGUGGUCUUUGCAGGAGCUUAUGAUCUUUACCUACGAUGGAGGCGUGCUCCAGAUCCGGUUCAAAUCCUCCUUCGUCGGCAUCCAAGAUGCGCGAUUAUUUGACGAUCAGACGUUUAUGAUCGUGUACGAGGACAAGCUCGAACACUACGAGUUUAAGGCAGUAGAUGAAAACUAUGACGAGGUCAAACAUCCCUCUUCAAACCAGAACACGAACGUCAAGCCUAAUCUACUACAAUCCAUUUCCACCGGUACCUCUGAGCCGGUCGACAUCCGCUCUCGUUCAGCUGGCUUGAUUGCUCCAAUCAAAGAUGGUCGUCUUCACCUAGAAAGCCUUCUUUGGGACAGGAAGGAACGGAAAAGAGUCCCCCAAGUCAUUUGGCGCGCUCCUACUAAAUCAUCCAAUGUUCGACUGACCGUAUCUUUGCCGAUAGACACAAGUACUAUUCUCUUAGGCUACAGUGAUGGGCGAGUACGACAAACGUCGUUGAUGCAAAUCUGCCGAAAGAGGUCAUCGGAAAUCUCGUUUUUUAAGGAAUCGGAUCAACCACUUGACGGUUAUAUUGUAUGUCUUCAAGCGGUGAGGGAUUUACGGACGAAUGAGCACCUGAUUGUGGGCGGUGCGGAUGAUGGCUCGAUUGCCAUAUGGUCGAUGCAUGAUCUGAAGCUCCGUGCCCGAUGGACUGUGUUCAACACGCCACUCGCGGAAGUCCUUCAAUUUCAAGAUAUCAAGACCGGUCCUCUCACUGGAUGUGUUCUCUGUGUAGCUGAGGACGGCACGAUAGUUGUUGUUGCAAUUGACGGAUUCAAGUUCCUAUACAUCGUUCCAGGUUCAGCCUUCCCAUUGGAACGUGUCUGUAUUGGACAAAAUAACCUUCUUCUGAUGUAUUCCGACUCUCGAGCGCGUCUUUGGGAUAUCAAGACUAAGGAGUUCUGGAGGUCUAUGACUUCCGACAAGGCGAAUGAGAUGCUAAUGCAAGGUGGCUGGUCGGAACUGUCGCUUGAUAGCGAAACCAAUUCGAUUAGUCCCAUGCUCUCACCUGUGGCUAGUUCAACUCGGGGCUUGGAUUUUGCAUCCACUGUGCGCUUAAACAUCGGGCUCUUCAUAAGCAAUUCUACGACCAUCGCAAAGUCCAUAAGUACCAGCAAAUUACAAACUCAGAAUAUCUUAUUGGCCCGGGAUCACCUUCGAGCUGUUCUUUCGACUUUACUCACACCAGGAAUAAACAAAGACAUUGACGAGAUUUGUCGAACUCAGCUCGGAAUACCCCUGUCAAACGUCUCUGCUGGGUUCUCUGGAUCCCGUUACUCAACCAUCCACCAAUUUUCUUCUGCAAGUCUAGCCUGGUGUACCUCUCAAGAUCUUUCAGCAGCUCGUGCUCUGGGGAUCAUAGUAACACUCCGAGCAUUGAGCAUUUUCGAAGGUUCUCGAUCAACUUCAGCAGUCGAUAUGAUGUUCUUUGCCACUAAUAAUCUCCCAGAAUUAUCGCAAAGCGCGAGCACCGUUAUUGGAUUUUACUCGUCUUCUUUAGCGGACGCUGUGAGAGCUGCGUAUAAACCCCCUAGUCUGGUAUUCAUUGCAAGAUGCUGGUUUGAUGGAUCUAAUGAAGUUCGCCAGGCUGCGAGGAUCCUAUUUGACGCAGCCGCUGCGGGAAUGACAGACGACGAAACCAAUGCGACCGUUGAGGCCUGGCAACACCAGUUGCCAUUUUUGCAACCCACGAUACAAAAAGAAUCACCCGUAACUGCUCUUGCGCUAUUUCUUUGUGGCCAUUUGGCUGCAGAGAGAUGGAGCCUCUUCUCGGCAAGUACCAUGAAGGAUAUUAGCAAGUCUAUCUCUCUCUACCUUCACGACGAACACUCCAUUUACCGCGUACUUGCCGUCGAUCUAUGUUCGAGAGGUUUUCAUGUCUGGCAGCAUCACAUUGAUGCACUCGAAAUCUUGAGAUCUCUUAUAUCACUCGCCACGAGCACCAAGAAGGAAGCUAUCAGCGCACAGAAUCCCGGAGCACAGGCUAGAUCCGCGAUCUUGCAUAUCUCUGCAACGAAUACGACGUUGUUCAUGACAACGCUGGGUUUGGACAUACUCAACCCGGUGGAUACUGAACAUAGGAAGAGUGUUUUACAGAUUCUGGCGUUUUUGAUUCGAAAGCGACCGAUGGUCUUGCAUCCGAACCUUCCUAAACUAAUGGAAGCGGUGGUAAAGUCUCUCGACCCCAACUCUACAACAAAUCGUGAUGCGGUUCUGGAUACUGCAACUGAAAUAUUGAAACAGGUAGUCAAAACCUUUCCGAACGUCGACUUCCACAUGUCAACCCAACGUCUUUCUGUCGGAAGCAACGAAGGGGCAAUAGUGAUGUACGAUUUGAAAACUGCGAUCCGGUUGUACGUUCUCGAAGGGCAUAAGAAACCUAUCACAGCGUGUUCCUUCUCUCCCGAUGGGAGAAGACUGGUCACGGUGUCGCUUGGAGAGAAUGUUGUUUUGGUGUGGAAGGUUGGGACGAGUUUUUCGAGUUUCUUUAAUCCUGGGGCUCCUCCGAAGCAGGGCCAUUCCGGGUCGGACCCGUUCAAGACUUAUCCGUUCAAUAUUGGAGAUGAGGGCAGCAUGGAUGUUGCUGACACGUUGGAAUUGGUCAAGUUUGAGUGGAUUGCGGAUAGAAAUGUUAAGCUCAUGAUCCGUGGGAGCGUCCUAACCUUCAGCACUUGAUACUUGUAUGCAGUCUGAGUAAACACCGUAUUGAUUGUAAUUGUAAUUGUAAGUUGCAUUAUUACAGGGAUUUAGGUAUUGAGGCGC